AUGCGGUCUGCAGCCGCUGUUCUUGUGUUCGGCCUCGCCCUCGGCCGGGUUACGGCAAUCCAUGUGGCCAAGGGUUCACCUUGCGAGACACUCUGCGGCAACGUACUCGAUGCGACGACGGAAACUGACGUUAUCUGCCGCGAGGGCGAUUACGCCAGCGGCUCUGGUCCCGUGUACCAGCAGUGCGUUUCCUGCGAGUUGACAAGCGAUUACUCGACGACAACUCAGACAGACACCCAGUGGCUCUUGUACAACUUGCGAUAUGCCGUCUCGUACUGCUUGUUCGGUUUCCCAGAGAACCCGGAUGUUGGCUCCAGUCCGUGUCUUACAAGAACUGCCUGCGAGCCUUUGCAGAAAGCUGUGAUGUACGCUGAGUUGGCGCCGAACAGCACCGAGUACGAGUACUGUUCCGUGUGGGAUCAUAACCAGGUUGGGAGUUGCGCCGCCUGUCUGCGCGCGGGAGACAACCAUUACUUGACCAACUUCCUUACCAUAUUGGACGCCGGGUGCCAACAGAGACCGUCGCCGGGUGCCACGAUUUCUGUGGAGGGUUCCCCUUUCUCCAAGACCCGUGUCAACAUCACCGAACCAACGCCGACCAACACGUACCUGCCGGACUACAACAGCGGUCCCCUCAGCCUCGGCGCCAAGGUCGGCAUUGUCAUCGGAGGUGUCCUACUCAUCCUGGCCGUAGCAGGGUUCUGCAUUGUCUGGAACGGGAAAAGGCGGCGCAGAGCAUUCUUGAAGCAGCUUGAGAUGAAGCAGCAGAGCGGCGGCCGCUCCGGUUGGCCUACGCCCCUCAACACCAGCGGCAUCAGCGGCACUCCUCUCAGCCAGAAGCCCCUGCGAAGCUGGGACGACACCCCAAGCACCCAAGGGCAUACGCGAGGUUGGGACGAAUCUCCCCUGAGUCCCCAGGGAGAGAAGGCUUUCCCGAGGUAUUUCUCACCAUACUCGUCCCAAUACAACAGCCCCGUCAGCGGCAACGAGGCGCAGAGCAUGCAGUGGCCGGCCGGCAACGCUGUUCCCAGAGGGCCGCCGCAACAUAUCGGGAUUGCGCUCGGUGGCGAUGAUCCCCAGGGCAGUUGGAAUGAUCCGAAAGGAAAAGAGAGGUCAGAGUCGUAUGAGUUGAGGGAGGUUGAGCCCGACUGGGACGCAAGACAGAGAUACCCGAGCCCACCCAUCAUUCAACAGCCACCGCACACAAUGUAUGCGGAGCACAGCCCAGCAGCCUAUCAUGGCCUGACGGAGGAGGACCUGAGGAGAGGAUUUGCCGUCUAG